UACGCCUGGUCUCCUCAUCAUGCAGCUCAGUAUCGUCUCACUGAGCUUAUGCCUCUCUCUCGUUCGAUCAGUUCAGGCUGUAAACGUCUACUUAUGGCCCAGCUCCUCCUCUUUCUCGCCCCAACUCUCUCCUGAAGACGCCAGCUCCGCUCUGUCACAUCACCUUGGCCUCGAAAUCUAUGAAUCUGUCAGAGAUUCGUUCAAGGGAAUGUACGAGCAGGAGAGUUUUGUAGCUCAAGAUCAAACCAAUGCACUCAUUGUUACUGUUGAUGAAACUGAUGCCAGAGCUUUCUUACCGUCGACCUUACCGCCUUCCUUCAAGCUUUUGGCGCCAUCUGCGGUGAAGUUCGACUCUUUGACGUCCGUUCUUUCUACGUAUCUUCAUCGCGCCAAACAUGCCUAUUCGUCUAUAUACGAAGUCCUUUCCUCAACAUGGGACGGACCUGAAAUUUCAUCCUUGUUCUCUUUCAUUGAGACUACAGAGGAACCUGCUUUCGCUGCAUUGGACCUUCUCUCUUUAUCGCGACUUCGUGCCGACUUCGGAAGCGACAGCGUCGAGUACCAGGCCGCUGUGGACAAUCUGCGUCGUUCUGUUCAAACCCUCGUUGAGGGGGGACGUGUCAAACUCGCCAUCCUUACGCAUGAAUCAUCACCAACCCACUCCUCACAUAAACGAGAGGAAGACCCUCUUCAGUCCCAAACCCCAAUACAUGCACCACCCCAACACCCUAUUGAUUCCGUCUCUACGUGCUUCACCAGUGCAGAUAUCUGUAAUAACGCGACAUCUACAUGCACAGGUCACGGAAAAUGCGUACAGGCUACCAAAAUCGGCAAAACAUGUUUCGUUUGCGCUUGCACACCCACCAGGACCGGUAAGGGGGGCCAAGUCAAGACGGUGAAUUGGGCUGGUGAAAGCUGCGAAAGGAAGGAUAUCAGCGGCCCUUUCGUGUUGUUGGCCGGCACCACUAUUGUGAUGAUACUUCUGGCAUUCGGAUCCGUUUCGUUCCUGUACAGCGUUGGCCAACAAUCGCUACCACCUACACUUAUGGGUACGGCCGUCAAUUUAAAGAAAGAUUAGUCUGUGAAUGCUCGCUAUCUUGAAAUCGUUUCAAUGAAGGAAUCGGACCCAUACCGCCUCUGUACAAAACCUUCUCUACAUAAUGCUAGGUUCCAGCGCCUGCCCAUUUUGGUAAUGACACUAUCCCUAUUGAGCCUUUAUACCAUCAGUCAUGCACGGUUGUUCUCGAUCGGUUCACCAGCUGCACGGACACUUCCGAUAUGGCUUGAGUUUACGGCUCGCUUUGUUUACACUACCGGUCGUCUCCAUAACUGCUUGUUCAUUCGAUUUGACAGUUUGAGGGUAUGGAAAGAUUUCCAC